AACAGAUAACCUAUAAACUGAACAUUAUUUGUUGGAUGCAUGUUUAGGAGGUUCAAACAAAUGUUGGGGAUAUACAAAACCAUAGCCGUCCUACUUGGUACGCUGUCGACAUUACACGCUGCAAGUACAGGAGACUGUGGCUCUCGGUCCCUUAAUGCGACAACACAUCGACAGUUCAUACAGUCCCCUGGAUACCCUGCAGGAUAUGCAAGCAAUGAAGACUGUCGGUGGACAAUAACAGCUUCUACUCCAGAUAUGAUGGUGCGCAUCGAAGUUAUCGACUCGGAUAUAUACUCUCAAGAUGAAACUUACGCAACGUGCGUUCCGGACGGUGUUGAGGGUUUUAACGGACGAUUUACUCUUUUUGGAAAAAUACUGACCUGGUGCGGCCCAUCACUACCGACGUUUCAGAGCUCAAGUUCAACUAUAACAAUUUUCUUCUUUACAGAAGCAUCAUCACUUAGAAGAGGCUUCAAACUGGCUUACUUUGAAACAAAAGAAAGAUACCACUGUGGGGGGAUACUGAAUAUUACGACGACUGACUACACAACCAUAACAUCGCCUAACUACCCUGGACCAUACCGAGACCACCAGGAUUGCAGAUGGGUCAUACAUGCUCCAGCAAACACGAACAUUGAAGCUAGAAUCAGGAACACAUCGAUCGAAACUGAUUCAUCAUCCCAGUGUACUUACGGUUUCCUGGAUAUAUACGAUGUAGUACGGAGCACUUUGUCAGGGGCCGGGAGGUUCUGUGGCGAUGACGACACUGACUACAUCAGUUCCGGUCACAUCAUCGUCGUAAGGUUUUACUCUGAUGGUCUUUUCAGCAGAUACAAAGGAUUUCAAAUGCAACUCAAAGCGGGACACUUUAAGGCUUUUGACACCGAGGAGCUAACUGCUUCCUACAGCCGCAAGUACAUAUAUUCUCCGAAUUACCCGUUCUAUUACCCGAGUAACGCUGAAGUCGGCUGGAAGAUCACCGCGGAUGAAGACUAUAGUGUCACAAUUGAUUUUAUGGAAUUUGGACUCGAAAAUUCAGACAGUUGUACCAGUGACUACCUUGAAGCAUUCGACGGGUCGGACUCGAAUGCCCCUUCACUCGGUCGCUGGUGUGGAGAGAGUAAACCAAACGCAACCAGUACUGGUUCUGUUAUGUUCCUGAAAUUCAAGUCAGAUUCAUCUGGUGUUGAUCGUGGGUUCAAGAUAGAGUAUACCGUCCAAUAUAAAUCUAAACAUUCUUCACCUGGUAAGUGAACACACAAGCUUAAGAUACAAUUUAUA